UUUUCUCCGAGGCAUGGAUCACCCCUCAUACCCAGCAUCCCCUCCCCCUUGCUUUGUAGUCCUCAUGCAUACACAGUGUUUUCCUCCAGAGGUAAAGUGUAGAGUGCGUUUGCUCACACCUCUGGCCAUGGAUGCACCGAGGCUUUAGCCUUUGAUUUUGAGGAAAGCGUUACGUUUUAAAGAGCUCAGCAUCCGUCAUUAAGAAAUAAAAUCACAGAGGAGAGGAAGAUGGGCUGCUGCUCGGGACGCUGCGUGCUGAUCUUCCUGUGCUGUGUGCAGCUGAUGUCUGCAGUGGAGCGACAGGUCUUUGACUUCUUGGGCUUCCAGUGGGCUCCCAUCAUGAUCAACUUCUUUCACAUCAUCGUGGUCAUCCUGGGUUUGUUUGGUGCGAUCCAGUACAGAUCACGCUACGUCAUCAUGUACCUGCUGUGGUCUUUGUUGUGGAUUGGCUGGAAUGUCUUUGUGAGCUGCCUCUACCUGGAUUUGGGGGGUCUCUCAAAGGACAGCGACGUUCUCUCCCUGGGCCUGUCGUCACAUCACUCCUGGUGGAAAGAGAAUGGGCCCGGGUGUCGGAGCGAGAACCUUCCUUCUCCCGCCUGGCAGAACCAGCAGAACCCAGAGCUGACCACCGUGCAGAGCUGCUGGCUGGAGUAUCAGUACAUAGAAAUACUGCACUGUGCUUUGCAGCUCCUCAUAUCACUCCUGGGAGUAAUUUAUGCCUUUUUUGUUGUCAGCUCAUUUGCCAGUGAGGAGGAGAGUUAUUAUAAAUAGUCACAAGACGAAUAUCUUCAAGAGAAGCUGAGACGGAUUUGACUGGAAAAGGAUAUUUGUUGAUUUGAAACAAGAUAUUACCUUUGAGUCAUCAUCUCUAAAUGUAAAAAAGAUAUAUGAAAUCACCUAUUUUAUGGCUUUAUUUAAACCUGAUGGAUCUAUAUUAGCAUGACUGACUGUUUAUGAAGCAUUGUUAUGUUUAUGUAUUUGUUUAUCAGCGGCAGCUUAUUUGUUUUGUUUUGCAAAGUGUACUUACAAUAGACAUGCCUCUUCUCAGAAAAAAAGUGCCAUGCCGACCGCGAUGGAGUGACAUUAUUUUGUGGAAUAAACAAUUUCUCCUCA